UACACUGUCUAGUAAGGUCGAUAGGAGUUCAAUUUGUAAAACAAUGCAUAUUAUCUAUAUGUACAGUAUUUCCUGUGAUUUCGUGCCAGCAACACCAACCGCGUCAAUUGUCGAUCUUUUUAUUCUAUGUAUUUUUUCAAAUGAAGAACGCGAUGGCAAAAUCUCACGUUUUCAUUUCAAAAUACAAGUUGGAAUUCUUCUACAUUUGUGGCUUCGUAUUGCUACAAAUUUUCUUGUAUCGAACAUGGAUUAUAGCAACAAAUAAACCAACAUUGUCCAUAAAAGAUGAACCUACCUUCAAAACCAUUGAUUUUCCUAGGAAAGAGGUCAAAUCAUUGGUUUACCACUGUUGCACCCCGUCAAACAAUAAUUCCAUUCGUACAAACGUGUAUUUCAUAAAAACCCACAAAACUGGAAGCACGACGGUCCAAAGUGUCAUAUUACGAUUCGCGAAGAAGAAAUCCCUCAGCGUGAUGAACCUCAAAUACGAAUCUUAUCUCUGGCCACUAUCGAAUUGGUCUAUAUUUCAAAAUACAUUGACUGCGAAUGGCAAAUACCACGUGCUGGCGCAACACACCCGGUACAACUCGAGUUUAAAAUCGUAUCAAUAUCCUGACACAUCGAUGGUGACCAUUUUACGACACCCUGUAACAGUAUUCUCAUCGAUAUACCAUUAUUUUAAAAUGGAUAACUAUAUGGGCAUGACUUUUCGACAAUUUUUAAGCAAACCCGUCAAGCCAUCUCGUCUGUAUGGAAUAGACAGCAACUUCGCUUACAGAGGAUACAACCAAAUGAGCGUCGAUUUAGGAUUCGAUAUCAAACAAAGUGAAAACGACACCGCUAUUGACGAAUUUAUUCGAAAGAUAGAUCGAGAAUUCGACUUAGUCAUGAUCACAGAGUACAUGGAGGAAUCGUUAGUUCUAUUGGCUAAUUUAAUGGGAUGGCCGCUCGAAUACGUGGCUCAUUUGAAUUUAAACUCCGUAGCAUCUAAGUCAGACUCAUAUACAUUGACAGAUCACGAUAAGGAUACCAUAAUGGAUCUCAAUUACGUUGACUCUUUAUUAUAUUACCAUUUUUUGAAAAAAUUUCGAAAAUGUGUGCGCCAAUAUGGUCACGAAAAACUCAACUACCAGGUUCAGCAACUGAAGGUUUCGAAUCAACAACUAAAGGAAAGAUGUGUAGCUGACGAAACUGUGCUCGGAUUGUAUUCAGGUUCUGUGAAUGUGAAACAGUAUGUACCGAAGAAUCCGUUCGACUUGGAAUGCAUUUAUUCGACAAUACCUGAUCGCGUGUUUUGGUGGUAGAGGUCAUCAAACGAUGAGAAAUGGCGCUAACCGGAGGUCCUUGAGAUUUUUCGUGCAGGCUAAAGGCGCAUUUGGAAAUUUCAAAAAUGGCUGCCAAAUGAAAAUUUCAACGAUGGUUCUAAUAAACUUUGCGGUUCAAAUUUUUUUUCGUUUUAUUCUACGUUCCCAGAGUCCUGCUUAGUGCUCUAAUUUGCUUUUGAUGCCAAAAUCAGUGUUGUCACUUUUUAUGUAAAAAAUCAAUUCAAAAUUUUUAAUAUUUAACAUUUUUUUUUCAACAUUUGUUUAUACUGGGCGUGUACAAUUGCCAGAAUUUUUACGCCCAGAUCGAUGAAAUAAAUCCUAAAACCUUGUAUAAAACUCGAAUUAUGUACACUGUGGUGUGUUAUGAUUAAAAAAUGGAAAUAAUUUUGGACACGAGGUUGUCAGCUUUAUUUCUGAGCUAGUAUCAAAAUUGGUAGGUAGGAAAAUAUGCAUCAUAAGAAGAAUUUCUGCACAGGUAGGUAGGAUCAUUUUACUUAGGUAAUAACAAGGAACAAACCCUAACACACCACAUAAGCUUCUCAAUAAUAGCAAAAUUCAUUCUCGAAUAAGAAAUUAAAAAUUCUUCUCCUUAAAAUAAUUUAGAACAAAGCCAAGAAGAAGAUCAGAUGUAAGAUCUCAUCUGAAUAAAUUUGGUUCACAAAUCAAAUAUUCAAACUCAAAAGAAAAACGAUUUUAUCUCACACAAACCAAAUCAUGUUGGUAAUUCGAAGAUAGGUAAAAAGAAAAAUAUGUCGAGCUCGAGAUAUAUCAUUAAAUUUAGGAAAAAUAAACUCAAUUCAUAAUUGAACCAUUUCAAUUUAUAAAGCAAAUAAAAAGCUAGUGGAAAGUCCUAUUUGACUACAUAUAUGUAUCAUACUAUACAAAAUGUAAAUUAAAACCAUAUAAUCAUGGUAUAUCUUACGGGAUGUUUGUUUGCUCACCUACUUAGGUCAUAGCAGAGCCAUGCCUACACCAGCACCCUCGGUGCAGCGACUUAUGCUUCCAUAGUUAGCCUGAUGAGCACUUUAAAUAAUAUUUAAAAAUCACAAACUCUGAACACAAGUAAAAUUCUUGAUUCAAAUCAUAAUCAUUUACUUCUCUUUAAAACAUAACAUCAAACAAAAAUAGGAAAUUCAAACAGAUAUAAAAACGCACACGUCUGUCUCGAAACGCGGUCAAAAUACAAGUUAUCAAGCCCAAGGAAGUUUAUCUCGACCACUACCACCACUACGUAUCUUUCCCUUUACCUCCUCCAUUUAUCUCAUCCAAAGAGAAUAAUCUUCUAUCAGUAAAAUAUAGAAUUACAAGGUAAUACGUAUUUUAUGACAACACUAUCAACGAUCUAAGGCCAUAUUGAUUAUUUUAUAUUUAACCCUCCGAGUACACAUACAACUUACUGUAAGCGAACCCCGAAAAAAAUGAACUCCAUAGGGAGAUACAGGAUCAAUCUUGGAUCGAGUUUUUGACCUGAAAACCGAGAAGUUUCAGCUAAAAUGGUCCUACUUUGAGGUACCAUGGCUCAACCAUCUGGCGUCGCGAAAACUUUAAAAUUUUUUUGGGCCGGUAUCAUUUCAAAAGGAGCCACAUAUUUGGAUUUCAGAAAAUUCCGAUAACUACCAUCUGUUUUUUUCGACCCCCCCCCCAAUGAUCAUUCUCUGGCUUAUAUUUCCAACGAAAUGAAAAUUUAAUCGAGUGAGGAAAAAACAAAAAUUUUGAAACAUUUUAUUAUGAACUUGAAAAUUGAUUGAUGGCAGUUUUGAGUCAUCUGAAAAGUUGAAACCUCCUUACAAGGGACCUUUUUGAAUUGGCAAUGUUUGAAGAGAACGAAACCAAACUAGAUCGAAAGAGCAUGGCUUAUAACUCCAGCCAUCAAAAUUUCAGGUACCAAACACAUUUUUAAGAUUUUUGGCGGAUUUUUAAAAAUUUUUAAAAUUCAAAUCGAGGGCGAUUUUUAGGGGUUCAGACAUACUCUGUCGAUCAAACUUGGUUUUAUUCAAACCGGGGGGGGG